ACUUCAUAAUCAACUUUCCCAAGCAAAGCAUUUCUCCAAUCUCAUUAAAAACCCUCCAAUCUUCUUCCCAUACAAUAUCAAACAUUUCAACCCCACAAAUUACUACUAGCACCAGAUUUCCUCUGUUUUUCUCUGAUAAUGGCACCUAAAGAAGAAGCUUCUUCCGCGGCGAAUGAAACACCCAAAAAAAUGGCAACACUACAACUACAACAACAACAACAACAACAACAACAACAACAAGCUAAAACCCAUAUUCCAACUUGUAAUUAUUCCAAGAGGGUAGUGCUUAAAACAUUGUUAAGCCGUGAAGAUCGCGGUGUGGGAUUGGUUGGUGAAAGGAUUGUGAUUGGAGGGUGGGUUAAGUCUUCUAAAGAGGUGAGGAAACAACCACCCUUACCCCAGCCUGAUACUCUACCUCAACCGGGGCCGAAAACAGGGGAGAAGGAUGUGACUUGUACUGAAAUUUUGCAGAACCGGAUGCCUAUUUUCCGUACAUUCUUGAAGCUUUUUGGGGUUGGUAACCAUGCGGAGAAAGAUUCAUUAGGAGGGUUAGCACACAGAGUGCAACAUCCUGUAUUUUCCACUGUGUUUUUGCAAAUUAGUGAUGGCUCUUGCAUUUCCAGUCUCCAGGUUGUAGUGGAAUCAACUCUGGCUCCUCCUGGACAAAUCUUGCUUAAUGGUACUUGUAUUCUGGUGGAAGGUAUAAUACAGCCGCCUUCCACAGGCGGAAAGCAUAGUAUCGAGGUUAAAGCUGAGAAAGUGUUACAUCUUGGUGUAGUUGAAGAUCAUGAAAAGUAUCCUUUAUCCAAGAAAAGGCUCCCUUUGCAUACUUUAAGGGAUUGGGCUCACUUUCGUCCUAGGACAACUACUAUCGCUUCUAUUACAAGAAUCCGCCAUGCUCUUACACAAGCAACUCACAACUUCUUCCAGAACAACGGCUUCCUUUACGUGCAAGUUCCUGUAAUCACCACCACAGAUUCUGAGGGUUUUAAUAACAAAUUCAAUGUUACUACAUUACUUAAUAAGACUAAAUCAGAAGAAGAACCAACCAAGGGAAGUUCAAGAAAUGAAGUAAUUAGUGGUGUUAGCCUUGCAUCCAUUAAGGCUUCACUUAAGGAGAAGAGUCACCAAGUGGAAGAGCUAAAAAGAACAGACAGCAAUAGGGAAGCAUUACUUGCCGCGAUUCAGGAUCUUAAGAAAACAAAUGAGCUUGCUUCACAGUUAGAAGCUAAAGAGAAAAAAGAGAAAGCAAAGACUACUUCUGCCAUGGUUAAGCCUGAUAGACUUGAUUUCACAGAUGAUUUCUUUUCUUGCCAAGCUUUUCUAACAGUUUCAGGCCGGCUUCAUCUUGAAAGUUAUGCCUGUGCUCUUGGUAAUGUGUACUCUUUCGGUCCAAGAUUUAAGGCUCAAACAUCUCAUUCUACUAGGCAUGUGUCCGAGAUGUGGAUGGCCGAGGCUGAAAUGGCUUUUUCAGAACUAGAGGAAGCUAUGAGCUGUGCUACUGAUCUUUUGAAGCAUUUAUGCAAAUGGGUUCUUGAAAACUGUACUGAAGAUAUGAAGUUUGUCCUUAAACGGGUGGAUCAAAGCAUUGUUGGCCGUUUACAAUCAGUGGUGUCGACUAACUUUGAGAAAAUUCCCUACUGCAAAGCCAUUGAUAUUCUGAAACAGGUCAGAGAAAAGAAGUUUGAGUUGAAUGUCGAAUGGGGUGUUCCUCUUACUGAAGAACAUGAAAGCUACUUGGCUGAUGAAAUCUACAAAAAGCCAGUAAUCAUAUAUGAUUAUCCCAAGGAAGUUAAGCCCUUCUAUGUUCGCCAAAACGAUGAUGGGAAAACAGUUGCUGCGUUUGAUGUUAUUGUACCAAAGGUAGGAGCAGUGAUUAGAGGGAGUCAGAAUGAGGAACGCGUCAAAGUGCUACGUACCAGAAUCAAGGAACUAGGGUUGUCAAGUGAGCAGUAUGAAUGGUACUUGGAUCUUCGUCGAAAUGGAACAGCUAAACAUGCUGGAUUUAGUCUCACCUUCGACCUUAUUGUUCUUCUGGCUACUGGAAUCUCAGAUAUCCGUGAUGUUAUCCCAUUUCCAAGGAGCUAUGGAAAAAUUAGCAACUAAUAUCUGCAACUCUUUUCAAACAACUUACUGUAACACUUCAUCAGGGUCCGAAAUAUAACAAAAACCAGAAGUUAUAUAUAUAUACUUCGUAUAUGAUAAAUGUAUAAUUAUGUAAAUAUGUAAUGUUGUACUCUCUCAUCCAUGUAAUUAUGUAAGUAAAUACCAUUACAAGAGUAUAGUAAUGUAAAUGAAAUGAAAGCCUUGCAUAUUUGUUUUGUUA